GCGGGUGCAGUCAGGCUGAGACUAGCGCCGGGCAGUGCUGAGAGGCGAGGAGGCUGGUGGAACUCUACGACGUCCUUGGGACCUGCGUGUAAACUGUUCUGAUAGCCGCCCGGCGGUGCUGCCGGUCGGUGGUGCUCAACGGAGUCAGCGCCGAGCAGGCGUCAUGGAGACCGACAAAUUGCUAUCACGGAGGACUGGUUCAGGUUCAGAAUCAGAAAGACAUGUCGGCUAUGAAUCCAUUUCAGAGCCAGCUAACACCAGUGGACCUCCUGCCAGUGAAGGUGGCAUGCAGCGUGCGGCAAACAACUCAGGCAUGACGUCGGCUCAGAAGAAGCUGUUGGCCAGCCUGCUGAUCGUGAGGAUGUUGAACGGCUCGCUGAUUGCUGUCAUGAUCCCAUUCUUCCCCGUAGAGGCCGCUUCGAGAGGCGUGUCGCAGACGGUCAUCAGUUCCCUCUUCAGUGUUUUCGCUGUGGCAAAGAUGAUCAUGAGCCCGUUCAUUGGUCGGUUGGCGCCCGUUGUCGGCAUCACUCGACUCUAUAACUUCGGCAUAGCAGCUGCGGGUGUCUCUACCGUCAUCUUCGGCACGCUCAACUACAUCGCGGACACAUCUACCUUCGUGGCGGCCUGCUUCUUGGUGCGACUGGUAGAGGCGGCUGGUUCAGCAGCCAUUGCCGUAUGCGGUUACACUAUCGCUGGCAGCCAGUUCCCCGGUAAAGUGAACAGGGUCGUGGCGCUGCUGGGCUCUGCUUUAACGAUCGGGCUGGCGUUGACGCCGGCGAUCUGGGGCGGCUUGUUCGCGCUCGGUGGCUUCGGCACCCCCUUCUAUACGCUCGGCGCCAUCAUGCUGCUGAUGGCUGCCGUCAACCAGCGCCUGAUGCCGACGAUGGAGAAGAUCACCAGUGGACCGCAGACGAGCUUCUUCAAGAAUUUCCGGGUGUUUAUUGGAUCCACCGGAAACUGGAUCUGCAUGGCAACCGUACUGAUAUUUUCUGCAGACGUGAGCACCGUUAGUUCGGCCAUCGCUCCAUACGCCAAUGAUGUGCUCGGCGUCUCGCCGUCAACGCUUGGUUUGUACUACUUAGUUAGCACUACGAUGUACGCCAUCAUUAAUUUCCUCUGGGGAUGGCUGGCUGAGGGAAUGCGGAACCGUUACAAGAUGAUGUCACCAUGCCUCCUUGUUGCGAGCUUUGGAAUUUUGUUGGUGGCCCCUUCUCCGUUAUUGGGUUUAGAGCCGGCUUGGUGGAUAACAGGUCUAGGUAUGACCAUUGAAGACAUGUUUAUUGGUGGUGCAUUAACCCCAUGUUUUAAGCUCAUGCUUGACUGUAGCGUCCAGAACGGGCUCGAGUUCGGAUUUGGUACACAGUCCUUUGUUGCCGGAGUGUACCAAAUGAUGUUUUCGAUGGGCAUAGCGAUUGGACCGAUUUCCGGAGGCAUUAUCGUGGAUGCCUACGGUUUUCCUUGGAUGACAACCGUGCUAGCUUUUGCGACGGCAUCUGUUGGGCUGUUGAUAGGUAUCAAAGCGAUUUCCACAAUGCUGGAUCAUAAAUGUGACAGGACAACAAACAGUUAAUGCUCAACCCCAACGAGGACUGCGCCUUUGCCGCAUCAUGUGUUCAUGGCCAUGCUUCGUGGUGUUAUGUGAGGCUUGUAUUCUUAAAGUUACGUUUGCGUUUUUUGGGUCUGCUUGCACUCUUGAAUUUAUGAGCCAGACCAAGUCAGAUAUGCUAAAUUUUGCGAGUCGAAACGCGGUCAGCAUUGAAAAUUUGUGUACUGCAAGCUACCUAAGCACAAGCAUUCAAGAACCAGCGCAAACUCCGGACUGCCAAGGUUAUGAAGCACCCGCUUGGCGUGAGUGCACCUAGCUCCGGCGGUGAACCUCACCGCACAGACCAGCUUCCCGAUUGGUCCAAUGAGAUAUGCUUGUGUAGUCCGAGGUCCGCCAAUGGUUCGUGCGCACCAGGGUCUCCAGGAUCCUGCUACGGGCACUGAAAACGCAGCGCGAGUGCGGAUCGGACAAA